AGAGAGAGAGAGAGCACGAGCGUUUGCUUUGGUAGCUCCUCCUGGUGAUAACACCUAAUAUACGGUCAUGGGGACGAACCCGGUAAGAAAGAUCGUCCAGCGCGUCUCUAUAUAAACCUGCAUGACCUGCAAGUGAUGUUACUUUAGAUCUGGCUGGACACGCGCUAUAUUGUCACAAUGUCAAAAGAAUGGGGAUACGCGAAACAUAACGGACCAGACAAAUGGUGUGAAAGUUUCCCGAUUGCUAACGGACCAAGGCAGUCUCCUAUAGACAUAAUACCUAAAGGUGCAUCAUAUGAUUCUUCAUUACAGCCACUUACUCUGAAGUAUGAUCCAUCUACUUCAAUGGACAUCCUUAACAACGGACACUCAUUCCAAGUCACCUUUGCCGACGAUGUCGACAGCUCAAUUCUAACAGGAGGGCCGAUCUCAGGCAUCUAUAGACUCAAACAGUUUCAUUUUCAUUGGGGUGACAGAGAUGAUAAAGGGUCUGAACACACCGUCAAUGGGAAAUGUUAUCCGGCCGAGCUCCAUUUGGUCCACUGGAACACAACAUAUUCCAGCUUCGGUGAAGCGGCCGGUAAAUCUGAUGGUCUCGCUGUAGUUGGAGUCUUUCUGGAGAUUGGCACAGACAAUCCUGGACUUCAGAGGAUUCUGGAAGUAAUGAAUGCCAUUCAAUGCAAGGGACAGCAGACCUCAUUUGCGAAAUUCGACCCCAGUGUCCUGCUCCCGACGUCACUGGAUUACUGGACCUACCCGGGGUCUCUGACCACACCCCCUUUAAACGAGAGCGUCACAUGGAUUGUCUGCAAGGAGCCAAUCAGCGUCAGCUCUGCUCAGAUGGAAAAAUUCCGUAGCCUGCGCUUUUCCAAGGAGAAUGAAGAGCCAUGUUGCAUGGUGAACAACUAUCGUCCUCCUCAGCCUCUAAAGAGCCGUUUGGUCCGUGCAUCUUUCCAAUGAAGACCCUGCCUCUUCUUUCCUUUCAUCGUGUGCGGACGUUGGGCCCGAGGUGAUCAAGCUAACAUCUGUCCAAUGUGUGACAAGAUUAAAGGAAGCACUUUUCUCCUGGAUCUCAUUGUGUUUGUCUAGACUCUGUUUUAGCUUUCAUAGCGCAAAUGCUUGAAUGUGGAAUAUGUGUGCCAACACUGUAUGCUUCGAUUAUUUGAUGCAGAGAAAUAGAUAUAAUAGAGAUAGAGAAUAUUAUAUAUAGAGAUACUAAUAUAAUGAUGUGGAGUGUACUGUGUGGGGUGUAUUUAAGUCUUAAACAGGGCAUUAGGGGUCUUUAAAUUGUAUUUUUAGUGCUCUAGAGACUAGCCAGCAUUUCAGAUUAAGACACCAGGGGUACAGACUCCACCCGAAGCGAAGCCAUCUGUGCUGGCUGUUGUCCUUCCCUGCCAGGCUGUAAUCUCAGCAUCAGUGCAGCUUAACACAACCAACUGCACAGUGCUAUCAGACCGCAAGAAAAAUCCCCCACUGGAGAACGUCUAUGUGAAUAACGCACAAAAUGUAGCAUAUGCAAUGAAAUAAUGGGAUAUUUAUGCACACCGUCAUUAAAUCUGCAGGUUCUUUAUAUGAUGCUAUCUGUAACAAUGCUAUGCACAAGAUUUUUGCUUGAAUUCUGUAGCAAUAAUUGCAUGAGAAGUUUAAUUUUACUUGAAUAAUUCCUUUAAUGUGCCGUUCCCUUUGUUGUUUCACAACGCUAUGCUUGUUUGUGUUGAACUGCAAUGCAUAAGAUGUAAGUCUUAAUAAAAACCACAUGCCAAUAUGACAUUUUAGCAUACACUGUAAAAAACUUUACAUACUGUAAUUAUGCAGCUGGUUGCCAGUAACUUACUGUAGAAGAUAAAGACUGAAAAUUUUUAUUUAACUUUGAACAAACUGUUGCCAUGACAUAAAUGUAAAAUCUACAGUAAGUUACUGGCAACCAGCUGCCAGUGAUACUGUAAUUUCUACAGAUUUUUUUACAGUGUAAAGUUCAAAAUAAUGGGACCAGUGGGUUUUGUUUCAUUAAAUGUGUAAUGUGUAUGAAUGCACUUGAAAUACGGGGAAAUUUAAGCAAUAUUGUUGUAGCCAUCUGCUAUUUUCAAAGGGGAGAAUUUAAAUAAAGAUAUUUUAUGCCUA